AUGCCUAAAUCUACUCAACUUGAUAAUACCGAAAAAGCGGUAAUCUACUCAACAACGGCUUGUCCCAUCGGGAAAUCGCUCGUCAAACGAGUCGCUCAAGACGAACUAUUGACCGUUAUGCCCAGGAAUCCGCAAAAAUACGGCACAGCAAUAGAUUCUGGACGGCACAGGCUGCUAUCGGUUCAAGCUGAACGAGACGACUGUCGAAAAGCAUCAAACUCUACGAAGUCCGCCAACCAAAUCAGAUCCGAAAUUCCUGAAAACGUCUCGAAGACCACCAUCUUACGAACAAUUCAUCGGUCCGGUCGACUUGUGAAUACUCCAAUGAAGGCAGCACCUCGUCUACAGCAACGCCAUAAGAAUGAACGGCUCCAGAUUGCACGCUCUAACAUGACCACGGAUUGGAAUAAGGUAUCAAUUUCUUCUAUCACCUUAUGAUUCCCAAUUUUUCUGUUCAGAUCAUCUUCAGCGACGAGAAGAAAUUCAACCUUGAUGGGCCAGAUGGGUACGCUCACUACUGGAGAGAUUUGAGGAAAGAUCCGAAGUCCAAGAGAAACUUCGGCGGCGGCAGCCUCAUGGUCUGGGCGGCUUUCUGCGGCAACGGGACGGUAGCUCUUUCUUUUAUUGGGACCAGAACGAAUUCGCAAGACUACCAGCAACUGCUUGCCCAGCAUCUCCUGCCCUAUCUCCGUCGCCGACGACGUGCUAAUAUGAUUUACCAACAAGACAAUGCAUCUGUUCACGCGAGCAACUCCACAUUGGCUUGGUUUGCGGCCAAGAACGUGGUUCUUCUGGACUGGCCCGCGUGCAGUCCUGACCUCAACCCUGUAGAGAAUUUCAUGGUCAGUCCUUGUACGAAGGGUCUACGCGAAUGCCAAGCAGUAUACAACGGUCAACGAUCUGAAAAAGAGCGAUUCGUGCCGAGUGGGAUGGUUUGGACAAGUCACUGCUGCAAUCACUCGUUGGCAGCAUGCCGAACAGGAUUUUUCGAAGUCGCUCAGAAACAAGGAGGCAUCACACAUUAUUAA